UCCGGAGAUACGUGUAAACUUUUCCGAAUUUCCUUAAAAUUUAAUAAUUUUUAAGACAAAACCAAUCCUUCAAGAUGCAAAAUAUGAAUCCAGUGACUUAUUUGAACGUCAGUGUCGAUCACAUGUUCGAACAACACACGAUCAGCAACAUCGAAAAGCUUCACAAAAACUUGGAAGAUGAAAUCGAGCAAAAGAAACAGGAAAUCCGAAAAUUUGUCGGAGAACGAUACCGAGACUUGAUUCAAGCCGCCGAUUCGAUCAACGACAUGAAAGGAACUUCUUCGGCGAUUAUCAGCCACGUCAAUCAGAUAAGUCUCUCGUGUAAAAAACUAAAUGAUGAGCAAUUAAUAGGCUUUAAAAACGAGCCAGAUGUCAUUUCGAAGCAAGAACGUCUCAAAAAGCAAAGAUUUUAUGGAAUAAUGUUACAAAUUAAGAUUUUAACAAACAUUCCUGAGUUACUUUGGCAUCAUUUGGACAACGAAGAUUUUUUUCUCGCAACACAGCUGUACGUUUUUUCGCGUCAUAUCACAACCGGGCUGCAAUUAGCUUCAAAUUCGGAUGUCGUUCAAAAAUUUCCCGUUCUAAAGACAAUUUGGGAGACUUUGACACCUUUUUACGGCGUUAUCAAGGACAGAUGUCAAAUUACGCUCGAACGAGAGGAUUUGGAAGCUUCCGUCGUCGCAAAAUGCCUCUCGAGCAUCCUUUUACUCGAAAGUUGUGACUUCCGAAAACUUUUACAAAUCUUCAUUGAUGGCAGAUCCCGAGCUUUUAUCACGACUCUCGAUCCGGAAGGCACCAAAUACGAAAAAGCCAAGGAAAAAAUCCUCGCGAGCUUGAAAAUUUUGAUAAAAACUGUCGAAUUGAUGCACGAUUGCUUCUCCGAAGACGGAUUUUUGUUCCAAGAAUUGAAUAAAUUAGCAUCUGACGAUGCAACGCCCACAAUUGAGUUGAUUCACGCACGAAACGAUCCAAAAAUGUCACUUUUACCCGAUAUUGUGAGAGAUUUCAAGCCACAAGUGGUCGUUCCGUCGUCAAAUCCUGAAGAUUUCCGUACUGUAAUUAAUUUUUGGCUUGAAUUCAUUGAAAAAAUCUCAAAAACGCAACUUUCGUCGCUAGUUUUGCUGAUAACUUCGAUAAAAACUGUGCAAGAUGUCAAAAAACAGACGCAGGACUUACCCAAAUCCCGAAAUUGGAACAAAAUUUGUGAAAAUCUGCAAAUUUCUGAAGAAAUUGACUUUUAUUCGCGCUUUUAUCAGGAUUUAAUUGACAAACGGCUUCAAGAAAUCAUCAGAAACGCAUGGAAUUCAGCUUUAGAAGAGACUUUGGAAGCAAUUCGCACGACACUUUCCUCCAAAGAUCGUUUAAAACUCAAAUCUUGGAUGUGGCGCGAAGAAUCCGACGAUUGCCCAAUUUCGCUGAAGCUCGCAUUGCAAUCGCGGAAGGAUCAGAAGAAACUUUUGAUGAAAGUUAGCGCUUUUACGCCUGAAAUUGUCGAAAUUUGCGUGAAUUUAGACAAAAAAUUGGAAAAUUUGUUCAACGAUGUCAAAACUUACCUCAAUGUCGAGACGUCAGGGGCGGUUUUUCUCCCGAAACACGAGAAAAUCGACGAAAUUGUGGUCUUUUUGAACGAAUGCAGUGCCGAAAAUGUCAUGAAACUCAUCACAGAAGUGAAAAAUUUCGAAAUUCCUUCCGAAAAACUCGAAAAUUCUAUUUUACUGGCGAGAAUUCUUUAUGCGAUGCCCAUUUUAUGUCCGAAUUUGAAGAGUUGUUUGUCAUCGACGGCAUUGGCGACGACCUGGAAUGAUCCGAACCCCAAAGAUUUGUACAAUAAAAGCACAAAUUUGCUCCAGGAAGAGAGUUUUAACUUUUGGAUGGCAUGGCUUGAUGCAUUUAUCGCGAAAUUGGACCUGAAAUUGGCGAAAAUGAACAAAAAUGUCGAUUUAAACACGAUUUUGAAGGAUUUUCCGUGUUGGGAUAUAAUUACCAUCGAGGAAAAGGACGAACAGGACAACGUCGUUCAAUCCCAGAUUCGAAUUCCGUCAAAACCGAGUUUUCCGCUUCAACGAUUCCUGCAUGAGACGUGCUCGGAGCUAAAUGACAUCAUUCCUCACACGUUGCCGAAGAAAGUUUCCUCGGUGCUCGUUGAAAAAAUCGCUCUCAUCCUUCAAAAUCACUACCGAACUCUUGCUGAAACGGAAUUUGUUCAAAAAAAUCAAAACACGGCGCUGCAGUAUUAUUUCGACAUCAAAUUCGUGCAAUAUUUGCUUGUUUCGCGUGAAAAUAAGGCAAUUUUAGAGAAAUUCACGGAAAUUGUGGGGAUUUUUAAGAAUUUUAUCGACCCCUUUGACUUUGAUGUCUUUUUUUCCUACUUGAAUGACAACUUGAAACUCGCGGUGCAACGAAUUCAGUAUCAACUGGGGUAUUUGACGGCAGUUACGGAUCAAGUAAUGCCCGCGGGAACGGCAAAUGCGGCAAAACAAGAGAGAGAUCCGAAUGUUAUUGCAUUAAGUUCGAAUGCGACAAACAUCACGUGGUUCCCGUUGUUGCCAAUUAGUGAUAAUCAGAGUGCGGAGAGUCAGCAGACGAUGGGAUUGACGAUGACGGCGUCAGGAACGAAGCUUUCCAGUAUGACGGAUAGCGGGGAGAUGAGGACAACUCUUCCAUCCGUAAAAUCAUCAACGUCACUCGACAAAACGAUCCGAACUGCCCAAAAUUAUGCUGACAACGUAAAAUCCGGCGCAGCUGCCUUCUUCGGAGAUUGGUUCAAAUCCUAAAGAGUCCUUCUUCACUUCUAAAUUAAGUCAAAAUUAAGCUAAAAAAUUAUUCUAAACCCGAAAAUAAAUGAAUUUAUUCACUUUUCUUGUGAU